AUGGAAAACGGGGUCGUGGCGUUUUUGCUGCCGGCCGGCAUUGCAACUGUUAUCGCAUACGCAGUCUACACGACCAUUUACAAUGUGUACUUCCAUCCGCUGGCGAAGUUCCCUGGUCCGCCAAUGGCAGGAGUGACGUUUUACUGGAAAGGAUAUGUCGAAUGUAUCGCAAACCGUUCCUUUUGCCACGAACUCAUCGAGCUGCACAAGCGUUACGGUAAUGACGCUCAAGAUCCCACAAUCACUCUCCAGCUCCAUUUCUCGAACCCUCAAGCCUACCACGACAUCUAUAACAACAAGAACCGCUGGGACAAGGAAUCCCGCCUCUACAAGUCCUUCAACGAAGACCGCUCCAGCUUCGGCUUCCUCACCUACGCCGAAGCCAAGCUGCGCAAAGACGUGCUGAACAAAUCCUUCUCCGCCGCCGCCAUCGAGAGCGUGGAAAACCUCGUCGUCGAGAAAACUCGAGAUCUCUGCGAUGUAUUUGAACAGCGGGGAAAAGGCGCGGAUUUACACUUCGCGUUCCGCUGCAUGGCGAUGGACAUGAUUAUGACGCUGUGUUUUGGUAAGCCGAUUCACGCGGUUGAAGCGGAGGAUUUCAAGGCGCCGAUUGUGGUGGCGAUGGAUGCGUCGAGUCCGGUGUUUUUGAGGUUCAAGUACUCGGAUGUGUUUAAGAAUAUGAUAUUGAAGUGCCCGCCGGGGAUUAGUAGGGUUGUUAGUCCGAUGACGGCGGGAUUGGUGGAUUUACAGCAGGUAUGUGCAAGUCCUAUGUCGGGGCGAAGUGAAUUGAGAGAAAACUGA